ACUUGAACAAGUUUGAAUUGCGAUUGAACGGAAAAUAUAUUUUAAAUGAAGUCAUUUUUUGACAACGUCUUAGACAUGACUCAUGACGGUUUGGAGUAUUUUGAAAUUUACAUGUGCCAUAUUGUAAAAUAUACUCAUCGUUGAGCGCCUAUCAUCAACCCGAAUUUUAGCACUGUGCCACGUGUAAAUUACCAUGUUUUUUAAAUCCGGUGUGACGGGCAACCUAUCAGGUAUUGCUUUCCGAUUAGGUGUAAUAAUAUAAUAAUAGGUGAUAAGAUGAGAAUUCUACAUUUGACUAAUAUUUUAUCUUCUUUGUGAAAUAAAUCUUGCGAUAAAAGUUUACAUUCCAUUUUCGAUAGGAAAAAAACAUGGUAUGUGUUAAAUUGUUUUGAGUUUAUCUUUCGAUGUUUACAAAACGGGUGUUAUAUUUUUUGAAUUUAUAUUUUCUUUGCUUUGGAUAGCUGGAUAAAACAAGGAAGUGUUGUGAUCACAUAUUUAGCGUUGAAUAUGGAGUAUUGGUGAAAUUAAACUAUUUCAUGAUUUUUACUGAAAAAAAGCAACAAAACAACAAGAUGAAUUUUCAAAGUUCAAUAGUUUGGAUUGUCACAUUAGUAUGUUUUUGUUUCGUUAAUUGUUUAUCAACAGAAGACUGGCAUUUCCGAGGACAAAAUAUAGCCUUACAUAAAGAAGCUUCCCAAAAACCUGGGUCUUACAGAGACAUGGGAUCCUCUAUAGAAGGUUAUACGGCGAAUUUAGCAGUGGACGGUAAUGAUAAUAAUGAUUUCAACAACGGCAGUUGUACACAUACCGACGGAUCAGUAUUUUUAGAGAAUAAUCAAUAUAUUGUCCAAUGGUUGGUCGUACUUGGUGAUGACUAUUAUGUCACUGGUAUUGUCAUUGUAAAUAGAAAAGAUGUACGUGCAAGAAGACGUCUUAAAAGUUUUUACGUUGUUGGAUAUAACAAACACUUAUGCCUGGCAGCAAAUGGCUAUUGGUGUGUGAUAUACGAUGACAGUAUGCAAAACAAAUAUUUGAUGGAAAAGAUUAAGAUAACUGUAGAUGGUACUAGGUCGUUUUCUAAGAUUGCUAUAAAUCUUCCUGUUCAUGAUGGUUUAACCUACCUGACUCUGUGUGAAGUAAAGGUCUAUGCAGUGGGCUGUUACCAACAAAUACAAAACGGCAAUUUAGAUCAAAACUAUCAGCAAUACAACGUGCACUCAAACGUUUCUGUCGUUUGCAAUGCUGAUUAUGAACCAGAAAAGUCUGAAAUUACAUGUGAAAUUACAGGACUCUGGAGUAGUAAACCUACAUGCAAUAUAAUUCAAUGCCCUCAUCCUGGAAAUCCAGAAAAUGGAUAUUACAUUAAAAAUCAUAGUAAAAGUGAUGAUGUACUGGAACCAAGUAAGCCAUUGCAAAUAGGUAGCACUAUAUAUCCAGUCUGUAAUAAGGGAUAUGAGAAUAAUAAAACUGAGGGUAGACAGUGUCAGAAUCACAAAGAAUGGAGUGGUCAUUCACCAGUAUGUAUGAAAAAGCAAUGUCAGUAUCCUAUGUCUAUUAGCAAUGGAGAAUAUCGUUUUGUAAACAAUACUGAAUAUAAAAGUGGGUCUGUAUAUUACAACACAUCUAUCGUUGUUAUUUGCAAAAAAGGUUAUUACGUAAGUGGUCACUUGAAACACGUUUGUGGUGAUAUGAGAAAAUGGGAAGGAAUCUCUAGCUGUGAAAUUGUUAAAUGUGAUUACCCAGAAAUACCAAACAAAACUGUGUCUGUAAUGAAAGAGUCAAAUGGUAUGCUAACACCUUAUACCAGUGGCCAGUCACGCUACCUAGACAAAAUAAUUAUGACUUGUCGGAUAGGUUAUGUCUUGAAGACAUCUUCAUCUAAAAGCCGACAAUGUUUAGAAACUAAACUAUGGAGCGGAGGACCGGGCAAAUGUGUUUUAGUUACAUGUAAAGAACUUGGGAAGCUGAAAGGUGGAACAUAUAACUAUACAAACGUACCGUCUUCUGGAGAAUAUCCUUACCAAACAGAGGUUACAGCCUAUUGUCAUGAACCAUUUACACUAUUAGAUCCUCAAAACAGGAGCCGUCGCUGUAACGAGAACGGGGAGUGGGAUAGUUUACCAUCUGUAUGCAUUCAAACAGAAACAGCUGCUGCUGCUGCUGUCAAAAGUACAUAUGCAGGAUUAUUUGGGGGUGUAUCAGCAGCGGCUGUGGUGAUUAUCAGCAUAGUUAUUGUCGUCUGUUUCUUUUUUUAUCGAAGAAGACGGAUAAAAGGCAAUGAAACUGGAAAGCCAGAUCCAUAUGCACAGCUGUGGAAAGGAAACAAUAACGAACGCAUUUCAAACUCACAGGAUGGUGUUUAUUCGGAGAUUCAAGAAGAAAGUUUCAAUUCAAUAACUGAAAGCAAAUCAUCGAAUACUAAAAGUGAUGGGACGUACAGCAAUGUAAUGAAGAAGACGACAAACAAAAAUAUCAUAAAACAUUCAAACCAAAGUUCGGAUUCAAAGUUCGAUUUACAGUCAGAACCUUACUACAGCUUCACAGAUGUUAACAAUGUUCCUAAAACUGCAAAACUUGUAAAGGAUCUUUCUGAUCUGAUUCUGACAGGCUCAGAUGCCAAGCGGAAUUUUGAGACAGAGUUCAAUGCACUUCCUCGAGAAAUGAUUCAGCCCCACGAAGCAGCAUUGGAAAAGAAGAACAUAAUUAAGAAUCGAUAUAAGAACCUCUAUGCUUAUGAUGACACACGUGUUGUAUUAAAAACUGACGAAGCAUCACAGUCGGAUUAUAUUAAUGCCUGCUAUGUGAAUGGUUUCGCGACAUCUAAACAGUAUAUAGCAUCACAAGGACCGACGAAGGAAUUAUUAUUGGACUUUUGGAGAAUGAUAUGGCAAGAAGAGAGCUCAAGGAUUGUUAUGCUUACAAAUCUGAUGGAAGAGGGGAAGGAAAUAUGUGAGCAGUAUUGGCCAGAAGAAGGAACCAGUCUUGUGUUCGGCAAAAUUAUUGUACGCACACAGAAAAUUGACAAUUUCUCACAAUUUGUGACAAGGACCUUUCAAGUGAUAAAGGAAGGUUCGAAACAAAAGCCACGGACUGUAACACAGUAUCAUUUCACUGCAUGGCCAGACAAAGGUGUUCCGAAAUAUGCAUCUUCACUUGUACAAUUUAUUAACAAAGUGAAAUAUGACUCAGUCGAACAGAAUGGACCCAUUGUUGUACAUUGCAGUGCUGGUGUGGGAAGAACUGGAACAUUUAUUGCACUUGACUUUCUGACUGAACAAGGAAAAGCCCUGGGCUAUAUUGAUGUUCUUGGAACUAUUUCUGCGUUUCGGUCACAACGAGUAUGCCUAGUACAAACUCUGGACCAGUAUAUUUUUGUUCAUCAUGCUCUUGUUGAAUCUUUGAUGCUGCCCACAUCGGCACUACCGGCCUAUAAAUUUCCAGAAGCAUUUCAGGAACUACUUCAGAUAGACACAAAAAAGAAAAAGUCGAAAUUAAUUCUAGAGUUUGAGACUUUAAAGAAAGUAUCUCCGGUGGCCGAUGAAGAUGGCUACGUAUCAUCUAAACUUGUCAGGAACAGACGGAAGAAUAGAUAUUCCAACGUGCUUCCCGUCGAAGAGUUCAUGCCAUCUUUGCUGUCAUCUUAUUCAGAUAGUGACAACAGAUACAUAAAUGCUGUAUUCUUGCCGAGUUACAAAGAAAGAAAAGCCUUUAUCAUAACACAAACACCACUGGAAACCACAAAGGAGGAUUUCUGGGAUCUCAUAUGGGAACAUGAUGUCCACACUAUCGUUAUGAUGAAUAAUUUAAAAGAAUCUGUGGAUUCUGAGAAGUAUUGGCCUGAGAAAGGUGAAUGUGUUACAUUUGGUAACAUAGAGAUCACCGAAGAUGGUGUCGAAAAGAAAAGCCAUCACCAACUUGUAUCACUGUCAGCAAAGAAGCAUAAAUUGACCCGUAAGAUCAAACAGAUUCGGUGUGGGGGAUGGUCCUACAAUAAUAGUUUACCAGACUCCCCAGAUGUUAUACUAACACUGUUAGAAAUUGUUAAAGUAUGGCAGCGACAGUCUGGUCAUCAUACUAUUGUUGUACAUUGCAUGAAUGGUGUGGACAAAAGUGGUUUGUACUGUGUGAUAUCAGCAGUUAUAGAACGCUUACAGAUCGAACAGGACGUGGCAAUAUCCCAGGUCAUUGAAGAAAUGAGGAGCGCUAGAGAACAGAUUAUACCCUCUGUGGAGCAAUACAAGUUCUGUCAUGAGGCUGUCCUUGAAUUCAUACACCAGUUUGAUACAUAUUCAAACUUUACUGAGUGACAAUGACAUUGUGCUGCUAGAAUUGUUGUGGUUUAACACUGACAAGAGACAAGAAACUUUCAAACCUUAAAGACAUUUUUGAAUUAUUUGAUAUGUAUAUAUACGUAUAUGCCUUUUGCAUUUCUGACUCAAUCAAAGCGAGUCUGUAUUUUACAUGUAAUUUUGUUGUGCUCAAUGCUUCUGAGGUAUCACCCUUUCCCCAUAUCUCUGUAUAAUAUAAGAUUGUGAAAUAUUCUUUAAAAGAUGUAACUAUUGCCAAAUGAGAAAACAAUUCAUUAUCAACAUUGGUUACUUCUCAAUAAUAUUCAAAAUGGAGUAAUACAUUAUUGCAUUUUAAUCAAUGCAUAAGAAAGAAAUAUAUAGUGGGUAAAUUAUAUAAUAUAUUGAUUUCGACUGCAACAUUUUGUUACACUAUUUUAUUAUUUAAUUAUUUGCACG